AUGUCUACGACCUUUUUGACCUGCUCGAGGUCGUUGGGAUCUUUCAGAGUCGCAAGGCGAUUCCAAUCCUCGCUUUCUCCGACCAUUGCCAAACUUCAUGCGGAUCUGAAGCCGGACGAACUGUUGCCAGAUGGAUCUGCAGAUUACGUACGGCUCAUCCUGCGGUCUUCCGUGUACGAUAUUAUAGACGAGUCACCCAUGACGUUCGGCGUUGGGCUGUCGUCUCGUUUGAACACCAACGUGCGACUCAAGAGAGAAGAUCUGCUACCCGUAUUUUCUUUCAAGCUGCGUGGUGCUUAUAAUAUGCUGGCCAAAUUGUCAGAUCAACAGAAGAAUCAAGGUGUCAUUGCGUGCUCUGCAGGUAAUCAUGCUCAGGGUGUUGCUUUUGGGUCCCGCCAUUUGAACAUUCCCGCGGUGAUCGUGAUGCCCGUCAACACUCCUUCUAUCAAGUAUCAAAACGUAUCCAGACUUGGAGGCCAAGUCGUUUUGUAUGGUAACGACUUCGAUGAAGCGAAAGCCGAGUGUGCUCGGCUCGCCGAAGAACGUGGUCUCACUAACAUUCCUCCAUUCGACCAUCCCUACAUCAUCGCUGGCCAAGGAACCGUGGCCAUGGAAAUUUUGAGACAAGUGCAUAACGCCUCCAAAAUCCAUGCCGUUUUCAUCCCUGUGGGCGGCGGAGGUCUCAUUGCUGGAAUUGGUGCGUAUUUGAAAAGAAUAGCACCUCAUAUCAAGAUCAUUGGUGUAGAGACUUACGAUUCUGCGACUUUGAAGACUUCGCUGGAUGCCGGCAAGCGCACGUCGCUUCCCUCUGUCGGGACCUUCGCGGACGGCACGUCUGUGCGUUUGAUUGGUGAAGAAUCUUUCCGCAUCUGCCAGCAAGUGGUCGACGAAGUCGUGCUGGUGAACACAGAUGAGAUUUGCGCCGCUGUUAAGGACAUUUUUGAAGACACGAGAAGCAUAGUCGAGCCCUCGGGCGCGCUAGGUGUAGCAGGGUUGAAAAAAUUCGUGACGCAGCUUCACCCUAACGCUGAUCACUCCAAAAAGACAUAUGUGCCCAUCUUGUCCGGUGCCAACAUGAACUUCGACAGACUCAGGUUCGUAUCUGAACGCGCAGUGCUUGGUGAGGGCAAGGAGGUUUUCAUGCUGGUCACUAUUCCAGAUGUUCCAGGUAGCUUCAAAAAAUUGCAAAAGAUCAUUCAUCCCAGAGCCGUCACUGAGUUUUCGUAUAGAUACAACGAACACAGAAGUCAAGGAUCCGAUGGCGUUCCAAAGGCCUACAUCUACACCUCAUUCAGUGUGGUUGACCGUGAGAAGGAAAUCAAACAAGUUAUGCAGCAGUUGCAUGCUUUGGGUUUCGAUGCCGUUGACAUCUCAGAGAACGAAAUGGCCAAAAGCCACGGCAGGUACUUGGUGGGCGGUGCUUCGAAGGUUGCCAACGAGCGCAUCAUUUCUUUCGAGUUCCCUGAGAGGCCAGGUGCCCUAUUUAAAUUUUUGGGCGGAAUGAGCGAGACCUGGAACUUGACUUUGUUUCACUAUAGAAACCACGGCUCAGAUAUUGGUAAAGUUUUGGCGGGAAUUUCGGUUCCACCUAAAGAAGACGCUGGUUUCCAGAAAUUUUUGGUAGAUCUGGGCUACAAAUACCGUGAAGAGACCGAUAAUCUGGUAUACCAAAAAUUCUUGAAAUUCUAA